AUGGGCCUCAAUGACUUUAGGACAAUCUCGCUUGUGGGGUGCAUGUAUAAGAUAGUAUCCAAGAUUCUAGCAAGUAGAUUGAAAAUCAAGCUUUCAAAGUUAAUUGAUGUCAACCAAUUUGCUUUCUUAGGGGGGAGAAACAUGUUGGAUAGUGUGCUUAUUGUGAAUGAGAUUAUCUCGGAGGCAAAGAACAAGAAGAUUCCUUCAUUGGUUUUCAAGGUUGACUAUGAGAAGGCUUAUGAUUCGGUUCAAUGGGAUUUCCUCCUCUGCAUGCUCCAAAGAAUGAACUUUUGCAACAAGUGGGUGACUUGGAUUAAGGGGUCCUUGGAGUCCAAUUCCGUGUCGGUGUUAGUCAACGGGAGCCCAACCCAAGAAUUCAAAAUGUGGAAAGGAUUGAGGCAAGGUGACCCAAUUGCACCCUUUCUCUUCUUAAUAGUGGCGGAAGGUCUUAAUGGUCUCCUUAAGAAUGCGAUGGAAUUUAACAAAUUCACCGGGUUCAAAGUGGGGAGGCAAGGCGAAGUGGUGAUUUCGAUGGUUCAAUUCGCGGACGACACCCUUUUCCUAGGGGAUGCAACAACUCAGAAUGUAGUGACUCUAAAAUGCAUACUUAGAUGCUUUGAGUUGGUGUACGUCGGGAUUGAAAAGGGCAUCAGCGACUGGUUUGACACAAAAAUUUAUAGGACUGUGGGGGAAGGAAAUGCAGCAAAGUUUUGGUCGGAGGCUUGGUUUAAUCAGGAAAAGCUUCUUAUCAAAUUUCCAAGACUUUAUAAUAUUACAAUUCAGAGAGAUUGCUGCAUCAGAGAAGUUGGAUUUUGGUUAAAUGGGAUUUGGAAUUGGGACUUGAAGUGGAGAAGAGACUUGAGGGAGUUUGAAGCAGCACAAUUUGAUGUUUUAAUUGACUAUCUUCGCUGGGCUUGGAAAGCAACACCGGAAGGUUUUUUCACAGUGCAUUCAGCAUACUGCUUGCUGCAGGGGCCAAGGUCUUUGGACCCGAAUGAUGUCUUUAAACAGCUUUGGAGCUCUCGAGCACCACCAAAUGCAGUGUCCUUUGCGUGGCGAAUCAUUCUAGACAAACUUCAGACCAAAUCCAACCUACUGAUACGUCAUGUUCUGCAUUCAGCGGAGGAGACCCUGUCAGGAGCCACUUCCUUCAACAUGUGUACUGGUGCUGGUCUGAAAAUCAACGAAGGAGCUCAUGGGCAGUUUGGAUCUCGGUUGUAUGGACAGUAUGGACCGUGA